AUGCGCGAGCGGGCGCUCGCUUCGAAGCUUGUAGACGCAGAAAAAGAAGUGAAGAAGAAAGUAGACCCCAGUGAUAUGGCAGCAAUAGAGGCGGAGCUGCAGCAGGAACACGAGCAGCUGAUGAAGGAGCGGAAGGAAGAAGUUGCUGCUCUCAGGGACCACAUAAAGAAGCUCGACACUCUCGUCACAGAGCUGCAGCAGCAGCAGCAGCAGCAGCAGCAGCAAAGCUUUCUUGCCAAACUCCUCAGCUGCAACUGCAAUGGACGCGCCGACGACCAAAGCACAGAACGCGCCUUUGACGCUCCCCAAAAGGCCAGCUAG